AUGAGGCGUGCGCCGGCGGCGGAGCGCCUCUCGGAGUUGGGCUUUUCCCCGCGGUGCGGGCGCCAAGAGCCGCCUUUUCCGCUGGGUGUCACUCGGGGGUGGAGGGGAUGGCCCAUUCAAAAGCGUCGUGAGGGGGCCCGGCCAGUGCCCUUCAGUGAGCGCUCGCAAGAGGACGGCAAAGGCCCGGAGGCUCGCAGCUCCCGGACCUGGUGGCGCAUCAGGACGCGGCUGCCCCUCUGCCCGGGCCCCGAGGCGCCGCCGCUCUGCUUCCUGCGUGUCAGCCUGCUCUGCGCUCUCCGGGCGGGCGGCUGCGGAAACCGCUGGGGCGAGGACGGAGCGCAUCUGCUGCUGCUGCCCCCAGCCCGGGCGGCUGGAAGUGGAGAGGCCGAGCCGAGCGGCGUCUCCCCCUAUGCCGGAAAGAUGUUGGAAAGCAGCGGUUGCAAGGCGCUGAAAGAGGGUGUGUUGGAGAAGCGAAGCGAUGGGUUGCUGCAGCUCUGGAAGAAAAAGUGCUGCAUCCUCACUGAGGAGGGGCUGUUGCUCAUUCCGCCCAAGCAGCUUCAACACCAACACCACCAGCCACAGCAACAGCCUGGGCAGGGGCCAGCGGAACAGUCCCAACCCGGAGGCCCUGCCGUGGCCGGCCUGGAGCCGCCGGUCAAGCUCAAGGAAUUACACUUUUCCAACAUGAAGACCGUGGACUGCGUAGAGCGCAAGGGCAAGUAUAUGUACUUCACUGUGGUGAUGGCCGAGGGCAAGGAGAUCGACUUUCGGUGCCCGCAGGACCAGGGCUGGAACGCCGAGAUCACGCUGCAGAUGGUGCAGUACAAGAAUCGUCAGGCAAUCCUGGCGGUCAAGUCCACGCGGCAGAAGCAGCAGCACCUUGUCCAGCAGCAGCCCCCGCAGCCACAGCUUCAGCCCCAACCCCAGCCCCAGCCCCAGCCGCAGCCCCAACCCCAGCCCCAGCCCCAGCCGCAGCCCCAACCCAAGCCUCAGCCGCUCCACCCGUAUGCGCAUCCACACUCUCACCCGCAUCCGCACCCGCAUCCGCACCCGCAUCAACUACCGCACCCACACCAACAACCGCUCUCGCAGCCUCACGGCCACCGACUUCUCCGCAGCACCUCCAACUCUGCCUGAAGGGGGCAGCACCCGGGCAAGAAAAGAUGACAAGGUUUUGAGGACUUGAGGAAGUGAGACGAGCACCUUUCCAUUGUCUCCACUUGGAUCGAAAACAAAUCUCUCUGCUCCGCACCAGAUCAAGUAGUUUGGACAUUACCAGACUGAUAACUUGGGAUUCCUCUUCAGUUUUCUGCAUACUCUUCUUCAUCACAAUGCAGGAAAUGAUUUCAAGUCCAGAAGGCUUUAUUUAUGAACCUUUGAAAGGAUAUUCCACUAUGGUGGACCUUCUAGGAGUAAUGAUGUACUGUAAUUUUAUUUUAAUGUAUUUUGAUUUAUGAUUAUUUAUUAGUUUUUUAAAAAAUACUUGUUCUAAGACAUUUCUGAAUGUAGGCCAUUUCCCCAAAAAGGAAUUUUAUUUUCAAAAACCUAUUCCCUAGUAAGUUCUAAUCUUGGAAAAGAAGAAAGGGCGGAGUAGGGGAAAACACUAAGAAUUCAUUAAUUCAUUAUUCCUAGGGCAUUUUCAGAGCGUCUGACACUUCUAUUGUUAUGCCAGGUGGUUGAAAUUAAACUCUGUGAUAUAACCUUUUUUGAGAUUUCUUCCCCUUAGAUGUAUCUGUUGUGUAGAAGUUUAAAGAAGAUAAAUGUUCAAAAUUGUGUAAUUAUGAAAAUCUAAAUGUUUUUCUAAAAAAAAAAAAUGAGUAGUAAUGAUGUCUAAUUCGAAAUACUUAAAACAUAACCCAACUGAUGACAAGGUGAUCUUGAACGUGUGGUAGGGCUGGGUCUAUUGUAGGGACAGAACCUCACUUACAUUAUCUGUGAAGGGUUUAAUAAGGACGUUUCUUUGGUUGCUGAGUAUAAAUGCAUUUGGUGUUUCAUUUCAAAAAGCAUAAUGAAGGAAAAGGGAAUCAUUCACCUUGUUUGAGAGAACAUUUUUGUGUUCUGUCCACAGUAGAGAUUACCCUUCUUCAAGGACUGUGUGCACUUUACUGGAACCGCAUUUUCAUACUUUAUUCUAGAAGCACACCCUAGAAUCUUAGAGUUUAAAAUGACAGUUUGUACUUAUUUCAAAGGACUAAGAGUCAUAACUUUUUGUUUUCUUACUGAAAAUAAUGUUGAUCAGAGAAACCAACUGUUUUACUUUCUAUUGCUCUGUGGAAAAAUUGGUUAUGUGUUUUGUAGUUAGGUUAACUAAACUCAGAAAUUGAAAAAGAAAGGAGUGGAUAAACACUGGAUUUUCAGUAGGGCAACAACCCCAGUCUUGUUUUAGCAGCCACUUGUUCAAGAGGCGUUGGGCAUGGGGGGAUGUGCCUUUAAAGGUAAAACAAACCCUCUUCUGUGUUAAGUCAAAAGGAUGGUCAACAUCCACAAGGGCAGAUGCUACUUGAGUUUAAAAUGUGCUGUAGAUGAUACAAAAUCCACCAGGGGCUGAAAAUCACUUCCUGUCUGCACGGCUUUACUCAUGGGUCCCUGUUUUCCAUGAUCUUUUUCACGAAAUCUGGAUCAGUAAUUUUUCAGCAUCCAUAUUGGGCAGGUCAGUGUUAGGCCCAUGCUAAGUUAAUGUAGUCAAGAAAUGAAAACAGAAUUUUAUGUUAGAGCUACUCCUUCAUCUGGAAAAGGGGUAUUGGGGUCAAAUUAUUUUUUAGUGCAAUGAUGACAUUUUGAGCUCAUAACUAAUCCAAAAAGUGGCAAGGGCCCAUGAAAACUUGAGAAAAUGACAAGCAGAACUUAAGUGGACUUCUCCUUCCAGUGGCUAUUUAGGUUAUGGUUGUGAACACAUGCUGCAAAGAUUUCGAAAAAUCACAUAUGUAUGUGUGUAUGUAAAUAGGAUAGGCAGCUUAGCCAAAUCUGCAGCGCUGAGGCAAGUUUGGUUCAGCUUCUUUGGAACCACCGCUGUACUUUUUAGAUAAUGCCUCACUGUGCUCAAGGUUUCAUAUGUGUAGGAUAUACAACCCCCAUUAAGCCAUGGCUUUUUUCCAGAUAGAAGGAUUUUUCUUUCAAAUUCAUUGCUAUAAAAAAGGUAAAACUUACACCAAGUACUUUUAAAAUUAAGGUUCUUGUAGGUUGUUAGCUUAUACAUAGGCUAAGUACUGGCUGGUGGAAGUUUUUUUUCCCCACAAUGUCUGUGCUUCUUAGUGGGGUCACCAGAAUCAUGGUCCCUUGUUCUGUCUCUCCACAGUCUUGGUCUACUGCGGUAUUUAUGUUGAAUUGACCCUGUUAGUGGGCUCUCUAGUUUGAAGGUCUCUUAGCUUUUAAUUGUGAAACCUUAGAAAUGAGAAAGGAGAGGAAUGGGAUGGUUCCUGUGUUUUGACAACUUUGAAAUUAUUAUGGUUGAAUAAUUCUUCCAGAACAAGGAAACAAUACACGCAACAAAAUACAAAUGGAUAUCAUUUAAUGUGUCAGUGGUUCUAUUUUACCCAUAAAAAAAUGGUAUACGCCACCUAAGGUAUUAGAAAUCCUAACCAAUCACCUCCAUGAAAAAAGAUAAAAGCACUUCUUUCAACUCAAGAAAAAGAAGGAAAGGGCAGGUCCAACAGAAAACCCACUCCUUAAAUAAACACAAAAUGUAAAAAGUUGGAAAAUUAAAAGGAAUGUGCCACCUGAACUUUUGUCCUUGAACUUAUGUUGGCACCAAGCUUUGUAUACAGUGAGCUCAAUUAACUAUUUGUUGGGACAAAUGAAUGAAAGAGGAAACCAUGUGUGACUUCCCAGCGCCCAGGAGGUGGUUUCUCUUGCCUCACACUGUACUUCUUUUGCCUUCCUGUCGUUCCCUGAGAACAGCUAUUACUGGGAAGGGCUUCCCAGCAUGACACACCUCCGUACUUUCUUAGCGGAAAUCACACAUCUGCAUAGGCCCUGCAGGGAGUGCUGAGGUCAGAAACUAAAUGGCUAUAAAGGGCCCUUUCAAACAUUGCCCUCAUAGAGGAAGCUGGAUUUCGCUCAGAGAGAAAUCAAACCAACUUUAUAAUUUCACUUGAUGUUUUUUUCACUUGGAGGUAGAAAACCCAACUUGCUGCUUAAAAGAGUUUCCCUCUUGUGUAAACACUGUUAGGAAGUCUGGUUAAGUUCAAAGGUCUCUUAUUUAACUCUUUGUCUGCCCUCGUCUACCUAUUUCUCUUAAAGAUUUCUCAUUUUAAAUCUGACACUACAAAUUUGUUGUUGCCAGUGUGGAAGUUCAAACACAUCACUUGUUUUCUUUCUGGCUUGUCUCCAAGUGUUUACAAUGUCAUGUUCUAUGGUAGGUUUAGAAGAGGGUCUAAGACUGGAGUGGAACUAAAAAAAAUCCCCUCAAACACAGAGUUUUGUAGGUGAGGAAGGGCUUGUGAGCAUUAUUCUUCUCUUUUUCCUUAAACAAACUUUUUUUUGCUCUACCAAUAAAAUGCUCUCAGCAGAAUGAACUUUCAAUUUGAAAAUGAUAGAGCUUGGCAUUGAAGCCAUCAGGGAUUCUUUCUAGAGAAAUAUUCCAAUUUACCAAAAGCAAACUAAGAUAUACUAAUUGUGAAUUUGUGUUGGGUGGGUUUUUAAGAACUACUUUCUAAAACUUAGACAUAAUUUGAAGGGUGACUUUUUUGAUCCGCAUUUUAUAUAGCCCAUUGAGAUGUGCAGAGCAUUGGAUGACAGCAGGGUACCUGCCAAACAGAGUAUAGGACCCAAAAGGGUUUUCUUUGAAAGGGCAUUACUGUCCGGUGAAGGAAGCAGGACUCUGAAUCUGUGGAAGCAUCUCUGUAAGAAGAGCUAGAGAGGCCUGCUCGCCUGCUCCUUUCUGCUCUGAAGCUGGGUCUGCUAGGGAUCAGCUGAAUAGUGAGGAAGAGGAUCUUAAUAAUAGGUGGUUCUCCCAAAUUACUGUAUUAAUUUUGAGAAGAAAGAUAAAAUGAUUGUUACAUUGCACUGUCAGCUUUCUGCUUAGUUUCAGAAUAUUCGAAUGCCAGCUUCUGAAAGACAAGUAUCACCAUGUACCAAAUACUUUACUAUCACAUUGGUGGACUUAACGUGUGGUCAUGAUUUGUGUAAAUAUGCCUCUUAGAUGAUUUGGAUAGCUGUGAUAUAUUUUUCAUAUUUUAAAAAUGCAUUCCAUUUCCAAUAAAGUACCGACUGAGAUGA